AUGUCUCUUCGGAGGCCGAUUGGUGGCCCGACUAUUUGCACUAUUAACAGCUCACUACCUUCAUACCAACCAAAUGUGUUCAUUUGCGAUCCGGGAUCGUCUUGCUGCCGAAAUCGUGGGAAUCCAGCAUGCUGUCAGAAUGAUGUUACCGCGAGACAAGUAUUGGAGCAGCUCAUCCCGUUCAUCAUUAUGUAUGCGAUUAUCUUCAUAACAGCAUACAUGGUAUAUUUGUUCUUUUCCGAUGAUGAGACCAACAGCUCGACGCAAUCGCAAACAUCUGGAUUCCGAGCCGUCGACAUAAUCUUUCCAACUCCUGAUGAUUACACUGUCGAAGAUCCCGUAUUUGGCAAGCUCUAUUCAUCGAAAGCACCUAAAUUGGCCACCGUUUACCAAAAUGAUCAGCAAAUGCGACAAAGGAAACAGGAGAAAUGA